AAACCCUUUACUGGUGGUUGUUUCCAGUCCUUCCCACGAGAAAACAUCCCUAGUAUAACAUCAUAUUAAUCACACCCAAAAUCGCAAUGGAAAACUCCUCCAAAGAUGACCUGUGUGAGCUGAUGGACAAGCUGCUUAUUAAUUCGCUCGAGCUGAUCGAACAGGAUGUUCAGCUGAGCCAGGACAUAGCGCGGCUAACGACCGAAGGCCAGAUGGAGUUGGCCCAUACGCGCUUCACCAAAGGACCCAUGGCGGUCAGUGCCGUACAGCUGCCAACAGAAGAUUACAAAGAGUUUCGGGCACUUCACACUGUGUCGAAAGACGACGAUGCCAGUGAUUCGUCAACCAUUCCACAGCUUUCACUCGACAGCCAUCCGGUGGAUGUGGACGUAGGCCGGAUUGAUCCGAGCGGCUGGUUUGGCAUUUUGCGUCCUCCAUCGUUGAACAAUGCUAAGGAACGAUUUACCCGUUCGCUCGAUUCCAUUGUGGAGCGGGCCAACGUGCGUAUAAAGUUGAACAGCUAUUUGAAUGUGUUUGGAAUGCUUCAUAAGCGGACGACAGAACUGAAGUGAUAAGAACUGUUUAACUAAGCUGUAAGAUUCUUAGUCGCUCUCGACACGUUCCUUACAAUAAACUAAUGUAAUUUAAUGUAAA